AUGGUCUGGGGCAGUAUGUCAUCAAAAGGAGUAGGAAAACUUCAUUUUAUUGAUGGAAAUGUGGAUUUGGCAAUUUUAGAAGAAUCGCUUUUACCAGUGAUGGAAGAAUGUUUGACAUCCGGCCAAGAUUUUGUUUCAGCAAGAUGGUGCCAUACCUCAAAAAAGGCUAUAAAAUGGAUAGAAGAAAAUAAUGUACCACUUUUAAAAUGGGUUUCUAGCACUCCAGAUCUGUCACCUAUUGAAACUUUGUGGCACGAGAUGAAAAAGGUUCUACGACAACAUCCUGCUCAACAUUUUCGCGCCAUAAUUUAUUACAACUUUCAGAGACAAUUAUCGCAACAAGAAUGCCUUGCUGAGUUACUGUCUGUUUUCGGUAACGAAGCGCCACAUCAGUCGACAAUUUGCCGUUGGUAUGGAGAAUUCAAACGUGGACGGGUUAGUCUUAGCGACGAUCCCAGGGUGUGUGCACCAAAAACGGCAGUCACCCAGGAAAACGUCGAUGCUGUGCGCAAACUCAUCUUUGAAGAUAUACAUGUUACAUAUCGCGAGAUUGAGGCGUCCUUGAAGAUCUCAAAGACCUCAAUUCAAAAAAAUUUACAUGCAGAAUUAGGAGUAAGAAAAUUAGUUUCUCAGCAGAAAGCAGCCAGGGUUAAUUGGUGUCAAAAAACGCUUGACCGUUUCAAUUCCGGAAACUCAAAAAAUGUGUACAGCAUUGCUGGUGGUGAUGAAUCGUGUAUUUACUGUUAUGAACCAGAAAGUAAACGAAGUGAAGAAAAGCCAACAAAAGUCAUCCGUUCUCGAAGUGUUUCGAAAAAGAUGGUGUCAAAAGCGAGUCAUAUUGCAACAAUUCCUCUUAAUGAGCAAAGAACUGUUACUGCGGAAUGGUAUACCACCAUUUGUUUGCCAAAUGUCAUCACCGACCUUCGAAAAAUCAACCCCGAAAGAAGAAUCAUCCUCCACCAAGACAAUGCAAGCUCGCACACAGCCCAAAAAACAAGGCAGUAUUUAACGGAAGAAAACGUGGAAUUAUUGGACCCUCCUCCAUAUAAUCCCGAUCUAGGUCCUAACGAUUUCUUUACUUUCCCGAAAAUUAAAAACAGACUGCGUGGUCAAAGGUUCCAGUCACCAGAAGAAGCAGUUGACGCAUUCAAAAAUGCCGUUUUGGAUCUGCCAGCAAACGAGUGGAAUAAGUGCUUCGAAGAUUGGUUCGAGCGCAUCCAGAUGUGCAUUAAUCUUCGUGGAGAAUACUUCGAAAAAGAAUAA